AAAGAGAGCUUAUGUAAGUUAUAUGGUUCAAGUGGCAGGGUGCAGAGACGUCAAACAUUUGGUACAGCUGUUGCAGGCUUCGAUGUGGGUUUGCAAAUUGGUUACACCACAGCCUUCUGUGCUCACGAGAGAUGGCCAGAAGACGCCGGGAGUCUGUUAUAUAAUCUGUUCCCCACGAUCUUUUUGGGUUUGGCACAUGGGCAUCACACGUGAGACAACUUUGCAACUGAGAUGCAGCAAUGAACGUGGAUUCUUCACCACGGUGUCGAAACUAAGAACCUCCAAACGCAUUCAAGAGGAUCUUAGCAGAUGACUUCAGCCUAGCACCCAAAGAACUUUUAUAUAACAUGUUGCAGUGAUAGCGCUUUCACUUCAGCGAGUGUGGCACUUUGGGAAGCAGGUACAACAUGAUUCGUUGUGUCCAUCAGCAACAAGAACUGGCCAACGCUGUGGAAGGCGUUUUUGUGGAGCUGUCAACUCGCAUGGAAAAGCUCUCAGCAGAGGUUCAAGAGGUGUUGCAGCAUACAGCCGUGACCAUCGAGACCAGUGAGCCAAAGGAGAUAUUGGAAAGGAGGCUGGAGCUCCCUGAGCUCCCCGAGCCGUCGGAGUUGCGCCGGUCCUUGCCGGUGACCUUGAAGGAAGCGAAGGUCCUUUGCGAGGAGAGCGACUUCCGGGAGGCCGUGCAGUUGGCAACUCAGCAACUCCGGGAAGCGCUGCGGGCGGUGGGCGAUUUGGAGAAGUCCACCGAGGCGACGAUGGAGCAGCUUCAAGCCAAAGUGCCGAGUUCAAGCCACCCGAGUCAACAGGUGUCGUUGAGCCUGAGUGCCCGGAAGCCCAUCCUUCCAAGCUGCGAGGAGGACCUCGAAGAUCGCAGCUUCGGAUCUUCCCUCAGGUUUUCCACCUGCUCGACCGCACUCCCCGAUCCUCUGGUCAGGCCUCCCGAUCCAACGGGCGUUGUGGCGCCGGCCGCCCUGAGGAACGAGCUCCAGAGGGCACCGGGUCCGCACGAUGCAGAGAUCGAGCACAUAGCGACUCUCGCGCAGUGUGACAGAAACACGUGACAGGUUUGGGUCAAGCGCAGCGUGAAGAGUGGAGAAUGGAAGACUCCUCCAGUUUCUGGCAGGGUUCCAAAGCUCCCC